GGUGAUUCGCUUUCAGUGAGCCAUUGGGCCAUUGCUUUCUGGCGAAAUCUGGGGCAUCUUGGGGAUGGAUUCAGCUCCGCUGGAAACGGAAUUGGUGGUGCCUGAGCGUCCACCAAGACGCCGCUGUCGCUGCUUCCAGUGUCCCCCAUGCAACAGUUGCCGAUGCCGUGUGGCUUUGGCCGCGGGUUUGCUGCUCUUUUGCGCCCUUGUUGGCUUGAUCACCGCAUGGGUGAUCAGGCCCAAUAGCGUGGAGUACUCCGAAGACACUGCAGUGAGGCUGGCGCAGCUGGCGGGUGCCGCAUACUGCUCUCGCGCGGCCCUGGAGGCAUGGACAUGUGGGAGCAAAUGCCUGACCUCUGUGUCCAAGCCAGUCAAGGUUUGUCAAGGUGAGACGACCCAAGCCUUUGUGGCUCGAUGGGAGGGCGAUGCUCUCAUUAGCUUCGAAGGCACCAAGAGCUAUUUGUCUAUGGUCCAAGACCUGCGGAUUUGGAAGAAUCUCACCGACUGGAAAAGUCAUGGCAAGGUGCACGAGGGCUUCCUCAUUGAGUGGGAAAGCUUGCGACGGUGCGUGAAAGAUGCUCUGACAAGUCUCAGCUCCCCAGCAGGAUCUCACAUCAAGGUCACGGGGCAUUCCUUGGGCGGAGCAGUUGGUGUGAUUGCAAUGGUGGAUCUUGUGAGUGAAGGGUGGCUGGUCAGGGAAGGAUAUACCUUCGGGAUGCCUCGACCUGGUGAUGCCGCCUUUGCUCGAACCUUCGAUGGGAUGUUCUUUAGGCGUUUCUACCGCGUGACACACCACAUGGAUCCGGUACCGCACGUGCCACCGGAAGAAAUGGGUUUUCAACACUUGGCCUCAGAGGUCUUCUACGACGCGGAUGUGAAGCGAGGCUUCGUCAGAUGCCCCAGGGCUGAAGAUGAACGGUGCGCCGGAAAGUACUGGGAUGUUCCACAUGAUCUUCUCCACAUCAGCGACCACAAGGACUACAUGGAUCAAGACACUGGAUCUGAGGGAUGUGAGGGCGCGGAGAAGACACGUCCGACACGUCCCAGGUUGCGAGUUGGGUCCAAAGCGAUCAACAGCAAGCGCCGUUGACUUUCGCGUAGGGCGCAGAUUCCAUCCAUAUUUCACCGAAAGUGUGACAAAGACAUCUUUCACACAUGGUCACCAUUGGCCACUUGAUUGGCAUUGAGUGCUUGCGGAUCUUUGAAUGAAAAAA